AGGUGUUGCAAGAGGUCUGUCUUAGACACCUCCCCAGGGAACGUCGGCCCACAGACUUCAAGCUCAGGAUUAAAUAGACGGAGAAGGGGAAGGAACCAUGUUCCAGGCCACUGGACCCGCCAGCCCACCCCCAACUCAUGAGGCAAAGAACAACUCAGGAGGCAGCACGGUGCAGCGCUCCAAGUCCUUCAGCCUGAAGGCGCAAGUGAAGGAGAUGUGCACUGCCUGCCAGAAAACCGUCUAUCCCAUGGAGCGGCUGGUGGCGGAUAAAUUCGUCUUCCACAACGCCUGCUUCUGCUGCAAGCACUGCCACACUAAGCUCAGCCUGGGCAGCUACGCGGCACUCCACGGGGAAUUCUACUGCAAGCCCCACUUCCAGCAGCUCUUCAAGAGUAAAGGCAACUACGACGAGGGCUUCGGGCGCAAGCAGCACAAGGAGCUGUGGGUGCACAAGGAGGUGGAGAGUGGGACCAAGUCGGCGUGAGCGGGGCCAGCCCACCCCUCCCUGGAGCCCAGCAGACAGCACGGAGCGCUGCUGAGCCGGGGGCUAACUGAGCUGAUGUAAAGCAAAGGGGGCACAAGGGCCUGCGGGUGGGAAGGGAAGGGAGGCAGCCCAGCCCUCUUGGGAGGAUGCUUAGAGGGGUCCUACAGCCAUAAGGACAGGGCAGAGGUGACCGGGGUAUAGCC